UGAAAAGUGAGAUAUUUUACAUGAAACAUGUCGUCAAAGUCAGUAUAUGCAGUAGAUAUGAGUCAACUUAAGGAUAUCCCGAUAUUUUGGUUGAAGAAGUCUGUUACAAAGGUGAUGGCGACUGAUUUCAACAAAAAUGGGGUAUGGGAUACAGAUGACUGUAGGAUUGCGGCUGAGAAGCUCAUUAAAGCAGGAAACCUUAAAGGAGCUAAAGCUGAAGAAGUACAUAUGUUUAAUCUCCAACUACCACAUUAUUUUCGGACCGCAAACAAUAUAACAGAAUGGCUUCGCGGGGAGUUCAACUUCAGCCAAGACCCGAACAGCCGACCCUAUGUGUACGAGUAUAUUGCAAAAUGGUUCAGAGUCCUUGAUUUGAAUGGUGAUGGUGUCAUUGAUCUAAAUGAAUACAAGGUUUUCUGGGAUGCCUAUGACCUUGACCCUAAUUAUAUGAAACGGCAGUUUGACUACAUUGAUGAGGAUGAGGAUGGCAAAAUAACAUACCAGGAGUAUGUUGAGGCAGCUCUGAACUAUUUUUGCAACACCAAGGAAAAUGCUAACAUCUUUUGGGGACCGAUUCAAUAUAUUCAGAAGAUUUAAGUCACAUCGAAGUUCAUCAGUCUACUGCACGUUACGCCUGCUUUGGACAAUUUUGA